GUUCUCCGUGAAUGGAAGAACGAAGCCUUGAGCAUCGCUGACUCUGGAAGUUGCUUUUUCUUGGGUACGCUGGCCAAGAAGCUGCCCUCGUACCGUGAGAAGUAUGGAAAAGCCUUCGAUGACAAGACCCGGGCCAAAGCACAAGAAUAUGGAUCUGACCUGCAGCGAGCACGACUGACAGGGUGUGUGCACCUCCACGACUUUCUCCUUCCACUUGCUCCGUGGUUGGCAUGGCCUGUUGUAAGUCUCUACUUGAGGCAAGGACUCGUGUCUGGAAUCCUGGCCAUGAUCCUUCACGGCAUCGUACUGGCAGGAAUCUACACGAUGCUCCAGUUCAUGAAUCAGCUGCCACCCUACUUGGACUUGCAAUACCAAGUCCUGAAGCACCACCCAGGCCUUCGAAGUUUGGUUAUGCGAGCCCCGCAAACAGUUCCUUGGAGCACCAUUUCCAAAGUCUUUGGGCUUAUGGGAGCUUUGCACAGUGCUUGGCGACUUCUGACCAACCUGUCGAAGAUAUUGAGGUCACUCAGUCAGGGCAGCUCCAUAGGGCAGCUCACUAACUUAGAGCUGAAGCUGAACAUGGUCCUCGAACGCUCUCAGGCAGACAUGAAGAAAACAAUCGUGAUGUCAGCGCUUGAAGCGGCGGUUUACAUUGACAGCUCUGAUGCCCCUGCAGCUUCCCUUGCACUGGUGAAAGGCUUGAUGGUGGUAGGGCAGGUCAAGGAGUCAGACACUCACUUUGCUCACCUUUUUGAGGCCGAGCAUCGUCGACUCGCCGAUGAGACAGUGAAGACAUUUCAGCUGCCCGAGGCAUCGCAGCGCUGUGCUGCGAGCAAGGAGGAUGCGGAGAGUAUGGUUCGAUUAGCUGUGAGCCAGGACUGGGACAGGCUGGUUCCAUCUAUGGUAAGAAUGCUUGGGAAGUUGACUGGCCGGACUGUGAAGGCCCAGUGGUUCGAGGAGUCUGUGACCAAGUCGCCAAAGCAGGCUACUCCAAACACUUCACGUGACGAAGCUAGGAUGAAGCUCUUUCAGGAUUCACCCUCGCUGGAUGACGAAGCUGACAGUGAUUCGGAG